AUCUGGGCAUUCAUACCGUCCUACGUACCUAGAUGUCCAUCUCACGACUGUUGCGGCCAUAGCACAGGCACAUAGUGCCGGAUAUGCGCCCAUCCACGAGCCGCUCGAAUCAAGAGGCAUUGCUCCCCCUGGCACGCGGUCAGGUCUCAGAGAUCGGCCGUUGCCGGAAGUCUCCCCGCUCAUGAUGAGGUAGCUACUGAUAAAUAAUAUUCAGCCGGGGACCGCACAGGUUUUACGGUGACUAUGAUGCCCACGAUUUCAAGCGGGUGCUUGCCUCACGACCAAUCCUUCGGACCCCGCAGCGAUGAGGCUCUUACUUGCAUUUCUAGGUCUUGCCAGCAUCGCCGCUGCUGUGCCUAGCCCCCAACUCACCGAAGAUGGAGGAGUAUCGGGACGCGCCACCUGGCCAAAUGGCCCGUUCGUCACGUCCGGCCACUGGAUCGUCGACGCAUCGGGCAAGAACCUGACCUACGCGGGCACCAACUGGCCGGGCCACGCCGACGUCAUGAUCCCCGAAGGGCUGCAGUACCAGUCCAUCGAGACCAUCGUGCAGAAGAUCAAGAGCCUCGGCAUGAACGCCGUCCGCCUGACCUUUGCCAUUCAGAUGGUCGACGAGAUCUACGCCAACGGCGGCCGGGACAUCACGAUCCAAAGAGCCUUCGUGCAGGCGCUGGGCCAAGCCAACGGCAUAAAGGUUCUCAACCAGGUGCUGGCCAAGAACCCACAGUUCACCCCAUCCACAACCCGACUGCAGGUCUUCGACGCCGUAGCCGCCGAGCUCGCCAAGCAGCAGAUCUACAUCCACCUAGACAACCACAUCUCCAAGGGCAUGUGGUGCUGCUCGAGCACCGACGGCAACAGCUGGUGGGGGGACACCCACUUCCCGCUAGCCAACUGGACGCGCGGGCUGGCCUACAUGGCCGAGCACGGCGGCAAGACCUGGUCCGGUCUCGUGUCCGUCGGCCUGCGCAACGAGCCGCGCGAGCCGACCAACAACCGCACGCUCAGCAGCCAGUCCUACAACUGGCAGGCCUGGCACGACUAUAUGCGGCAGGGCGCCGCCGCCGUGCACGCCGCCAACCCGGGCUUGUUGAUCUUCCUGUCGGGCCUGUCGUUCGACACCUACCUGACCCCCGUCGUGCGGGGCCAAGCCUUGACGCCCGGCACGGCGACUUUUAAUCGCGAUCAGUUUGCGCCGGGUUUCGCGGACAAGCUCGUGCUGGAGCUGCACAACUACGAGAACAGCAUUGGCAGCUGCGCCAGUCUGCAGGGGAACCUCUUGCGGAACGGGUUCGAGGCGCUGCAGGGUGGUAAUUCAGUGGCGAAUGUGUUCCCCGUGAUGAUGACCGAGUUUGGGUUCCAGAUGGACGCCAGCACAUGGCGGGGCGUGUAUGCGAGUUGCCUGGCCAGCUUCUUGCCUUCGAUCAAGGCCGGGUGGACGAUUUGGGUGUUGGCGGGCAGCUAUUACAUCCGGUCGGGUACUCAAGACUAUGACGAGGGCUGGGGCCUGUUGAACCAUGACUGGAGUGCGUGGCGCAGUCCGAGUUAUGUCGACGGGGCGCUGAAGGCUAUGGUGAGGAAUACGCUGAGUUGAGGCUGUCCACGACUGGAUACAGUAUAUAUAGCAGUAGCGAUAGUAGUGCAGUGAGCUGGUGGUCGUCAAGCGUACUUUAGAGAAUUUGUUCUGUUCGUUGCUUGUGUCUUGAGGAUGUUCCAUAAAAAUAGUGAGAGGAGAAAGCUCAACAUGACGAACGACUGCAAAACACCGUUUUUCUGUGAAAGACAAAGCGGAUACCGGUGCUGGCAGGAAAGUGUAGAGUAGUAGCUAUCAGAAAAUUCCAAACCCAAUCGAACUCUGCCACCAUGAAGAGAGCAGAGCAGUCACGGGACCCUUCGAAGCCGCGGAGCAUUCUUUAGGGUCAUUCCGACCAGAAAACCGACAUCAAAAUAGCAAUUAGAGGCACGGCUAGGGAACUGUCAGCGAAUAUCAACACGGCACCGCGUCGAAACAUC